CUACAGUCUGCCACCCGCACGCUCCAGCUCAUGGGUGCCGCACCCGACACGUGGGUGACUCACCUCUCCACGCGCCUGCGGGGCGGUCCUUUCGACGUCUGGGAGGAUUUCUACGCUUACUCCGUUCGUGCGGGUCGGACUCCGACCUUCAUGGAUUUCCAGGCGUUCCUCGAGGAUCGCUUCGGAGCCCGAUAUGAUGUGACUGAUGCCUUCGAGCGUGUCGUCACUACACGUUGGUCCGACUCUGGUGGCGCUGCCGGCCUGGAUCGCCACAUCCAGGUCUUUCAGGACGCCCGCCUCAUUUGUGACAUGGCGUUCCUCCCCGAGGUGGCCCUUAUCGAUCGUUUCUUGGCCAACCUUCCGCUCGAGUAUCGCUCGGAGCUAUGGCGGUGCGAGUUCACAUCGGCCCCGCAGGCUUACGAGGCCGCCAGGGACCAUCAGCGGAUGCGAGCCCGUCUUCACCCCGCCUCCUCCUCCAAGCCUCAGCGCACGGGCUACGCCUCCUCCUCCUCUCACGACACUUCCGAGCGUCUUCCCCUUUCCGCGGUCGCCCCCGCCGUUCUGUGCAGCAGGGCCGCCACUUUACGUGCCGCUUCAGCUCGCUCGAGUAUGACGGUCACCGAUCUCCCUUUCUUCCUCACUCUCGAGCCGACUGAUCCUCCCCCGGCGUCUCGUCGCCACUGCUUCUGUGCACAUUUCGAUGUGAUGGAGACGGGGUACGACUUCAUUCUCGGCACUCCGUGGUCUCGUCGGUUCCGCAGCACCGAGGCCGAUUGGGCGACCAACACUCUCGUUCUCAAAACGAAGUGUGGACAGACGUAUCGUGUACCUUUCAUAGGUACCACUGCGACACCACGCCCCGAUCCUCCUCCCCCGGAGCCUUCCGUGCCCACACCAUCUCCUUCUAUCACUGUCACUUCGCCUCGGCAGUUCACCCACUUCAUCCGACAGGACGACGUCACCUUCUUUAUGGUGAACGUGGCGGAUCUCUUACACUAUGAUCCACACUGUCCCGACGCCGAGCUCAUCCCUCUGGAGCCAGAUCCUCCUUCUAUCUCCAUGGCUCUCAUCUCUACAUCCCACCCUCCGCCAUCCGUCGAGUCCACCCCGCCGUCGCGCGCUGACGCUGACGCUGAGGAACUCGCACGAUAUACGACCGACCUGGAGCCCGCAGUUCGUGACCUCAUUCGAGAGUACCACAACGUUUUCCCAUCGUCGUUCUCGUACGCUAGCAUCCCACCGAUGCGUGACGUCGAGCACUCCAUCCAGCUUGUGCCUGACUAUCGUGUUCACCACCAGACACCCUACAGACUCUCGAUCCCCGAGGCCACCGAACUCAAGCGUCAACUUGAGGAGCUCCUGAGGCUGGGUUUCAUUAAACCCAGCAACUCCCCAUGGGGUGCACCCGUCCUCUUUGCUCGCAAAGCGGAUGAAACUCUCCGUCUCUGUAUCGACUAUCGCGGCCUCAACCGCUACACGGUUAAGAACAGCUACCCCAUGCCUCGUUCCGAUGAGUUGUUCGACCGCCUAGCAGGCAACCGCUUCUUUACGAAGAUUGAUCUUCGUAGCGGUUACCAUCAGAUCCGCGUCGCUGCAGCCGACCAGCCGACGACCGCGUUCCGAUCGCGAUUCGGCCACUACGAGUUCACGGUGAUGCCAUUCGGCCUCACCAACGCACCCGCUACCUUUCAGAGGGCGAUGAACGACAUCUUCAGGGAUAUCUUGGAGCAGUACGUUCUCGUCUACCUCGGCGAUAUCCUGGUCUACAGUCGUACCCUUGAGGAGCACCUCAGACACCUCCGCGACGUCCUUGACCGCUUGCGCAGACAUGGCUUCUACGCCAAGCUGAGCAAGUGCCGCUUUGCCCAGCACAAAGUGAAUUUCUUAGGACACUACGUGUUUGACCAGGGUCUCCACAUGGACAACGCGAAGAUCACUGCUAUCGAGGAGUGGCCCGUCCCCACAUCCGCCAAGCAGCUUCGCAGCUUCCUACGCCUGACCAGCUACUAUAGUAAUUUCAUCCAAGGAUACGCUAGGUAUUCCUACGACCUUACCUCCACCCUCCUCCGGAAGAACCCACCCUGGGCUUGGAUACCCCUCCAUGAGGACGCCUUCCGCGCCCUCAAGAAGGCGGUGACAUGCGCACCGGUUCUUCACCUACCCGAUUUUGAUCGCCCUUUUAUCCUUACCACCGAUGCGUCAGACUUUGCUGUAGGAGCAGUGCUUUCUCAGAUCUUCCCCUCCUCUCCUGAUUCCUCUCAUCCUCGUAUCCCUCGUUUCCCACCACCUACCCCCACCACUCCUUCCCGACUGACGCCUACUCGUCCAGCUACUGACGAACCUUCUAUUGACUAUUCUCCUACCAUCGCCGAGGACGGCACUGUCGAGUCUCGCUCAGGUGAUUGUCCGAUAGCCUUCUACCCCUGUCAGCUCCUGCCCGCCGAGAUAAACUACACUGCUGAUGAACAUGAGGCUUUUCUGACAAAGCCGAAGCUCACUCCUCGACAGGCUCGCUGGUGGCGCGACCUAUUCGAGUUUAGUUUCACCACUGAGCACAUCAAGGGUGAGACUAAUCGGGUCGCAAAUGCCUUAUCCCGGCGCCCUGACCACGACCAGGAGCAGAUCCAUCUCUCUUCCAUCUCGGUCACCACCGUCCACCACUCGGUGAUCGACGAGUUUCGCACUCAGUACCGCCACUGCCCCGACUAUCGCGACAUCCACGCGACCCUUCGGAGUGGCAAGACCGUCCCGAACUACUCUCUCGGGGACAACGGUCUCGUGUACUGGCACUGUUCACAGGGCACCAGAGAGCCCCGUAUUUGCAUUCCCUCCACUGGACAGCUACGUAUUCGAGCAGUAGCAGAGUUCCAUGACCAGGCAGCCGCCGGUCAUAUGGGCUUCCACAAGACGUUGGCUCGUGUAAGCCGCCUGUACGUCUGGCCGAAGCGCAAAAACUUUGUGAAGGACUACGUCGCAGAGUGUCCCACCUGUCAGGAGGUGAACAAUGCGAACCACUUGCCUUAUGGUUUGCUCCAGCCUAUCCCUGAGGGUCGUUGGCAGUCCAUCUCGAUGGACUUUAUCGGUCCUCUUCGUCCUCCGACCCCUCGCGGUCAUGAUGCUAUCCUGGUCGUCGUCGACCGCUUCACGAAGCGUGCACGCUUUGUUCCGUGCUGCUAUGCCAUCAGUGCACGUGAGGUCGCCGACAUCGUGUUUGACCGAGUCGUGCGUGACCACAACUUACCUCUGAUCAUCAUAUCUGACCGUGACCCGCGCUUUACCAGCCGAUUCUGGCGACGACUCCACGAGGUGUACGACACCCAGCUCCGCUUCUCCUCGUCUUACCAUCCUCAGACUGAUGGUCAGACGGAGAUCACGAACAGGACUCUCGGAGAUAUACUCCGAAAGAUUGUUCGUGACGACCAGCAGUGGGAUCUCCAUCUUGCCCACGCGGAGAUAGCCUACAACCACSCCGUCUCGCCAGCCACGGGGAUGUUGCCUUACUAUUGCGACCUCGACUAUCACCCUCGUGUUCCCGCGGACUUCCUUCGACCGUCAUAGAUGCACCCCGACAUGAGUUGUCCCGCGCUGGAUGAUUGGGUUGCACACAUGGCGUCGAUCAUGAAGACCGCACAUGAGCACAUAGCCGUCUCCCAAACUCGC